UCAAUCGUUUUGACGUGUAUGAACUAUUGUCAAAGAAUUUAUUUUCACUUUGUUUUCCCAUUUUUAAAUGAUGAGAAGAAAAAAAUAAGUGAAGUAUAAUAAUAAAAUAAGUCUUAAUAUUUGUGAAUUGAGAGACAUUUUUUUACUAACAAAAUGGUUUUAAUGACCAUGAUCGCCCGUGUUGUUGACGGUUUGCCCUUAGCCGCUACUAUGCAAGAGGAUGAACAGACAGGCUGCAAUAUAUUGGAGUAUCAAAACCAAGCAAAAAUGCUGUUUAGAAAACUAAGCCCGCAGUCUCCAAUACGCUGCUCCAUUGAAACUGGGCCCUAUCUCUUCCAUUAUUUGAUUGAGAAUGAUAUCUGCUAUUUAGUGCUGUGUGAACGCAACUACAGUAAAAGACUCUCCUUCAGUUACUUAGAAGAAAUUGCACAAGAAUUUUAUCAACAAUACGGAAAAAGAGUGAACACUGUAACAAGACCUUACACAUUCAUCGAGUUCGACACGUGGAUGCAGCGCGCACGGAAGCAGUACGCGGAAGGGGGGGCCCGGGCGCGGCGAGCGGGCGCCGCGGCGCAGCUCGGCGGCCAGCUGGGCGACGUGCAGCGGAUCAUGAUGCAGAAUAUUGAUGAUGUUCUGCAACGAGGAGCUAUACUUUCAGAAUUGGACACAAAGACACAAAAACUCUCAAUGAUGUCACAGAAAUAUAAAAAGGAUGCAACUUACCUCAACACAAAAUCCAUGCUAGUGAAGGCUACUGCUGGAGCAGUCAUACUUCUUGUGUUUGUCCUUUACUUCUGGGUGCUUUAGGUUCUUCCUAGUUGUUUUAUUAUACCAAAUUUGUUA